AUGGGAAAAGCAGAGGAUGAGAUUCAUUUACAGGAAGCUUGGAAGGGGUUGCAUGAGUGGCUUCAUAAAGAAGAAAUUUUCAUGGCUCGAAAGGCUAAAGCGAAAUGGAUAAAAGAAGGAGAUGCGAAUACUAAAUUUUUUCAUGGUGUUUUCAGGGAUCAUAGACGGAAGGCAUGGGUUGAACAUAUGGAGCUGCAUGGUGGCCAGGUGCUUCGGACUCCAAUUGACGUGCGUGAUGGUGUAGUGGAUUAUUUUCACAAGCUAUUGCAGUCUAAGGUGCAUAUCGGUGCAAAAGAAGACAUACGAAAGUUGGUUAAAUCGACUGUAUCUAAGGAGGAGAAUGUCAAUCUUGUUAAAUUACCUUCUAUGGAGGAAACUUUAAAAGCAAUGAAGUCUAUUUCAGAGGAUAGUAGCCCGCGGCCUGACAGUUUUGGGGCCAGUUUUUUUAUUUCUUGUUGGGACAUUGUGGGAUCAGAUGUGCUUAAAGCAGAAUUUUUUUCAGUAAUGCCUUUGGGUCCUUACUAUACUUCUACUUUUUUGGAAUUAUUGCGUAGCUUUAACAAAAAGACUAGAGGUGGGAAUAUUAUGUUAAAACUUGAUAUGAUGAAGGCAUAUGAUAGGUUGGAGUGGAGCUUUCUAUGGGAGGCUUUAUAUGCUUAUGGUUUUUCUGAGAAGUUUAUUGGCCUUCUAAAAAAUUGUGUUCAGAAUUGCAGUUUUUCCGUGAUGCUUAAUGGAACAUAUCGAGGGUAUUUCCAGUCUUCUAUAGGAGUUCGACAGGGGGAUCCUCUCUCACCAUAUUUGUUUAUUCUAGCAGAGGAAGUCUUCACGAGGAUGGUCAAACAGGCAGUGGAUCUUUGCAGAAUUAAACCUCUUGCAAUUCCUAGAGUGAGUACGCAGGUGUCUCAUUUAAUCUAUGUUGAUGAUGUUGUUUUCUUUCUAAAAGCAGAUAAAAAAUCGGUGAAAGGGCUCAUGGAAAUAAUUGAACGUUAUUCCAAGUGGUCGGGACAAAAGGUAAAUACGUCUCCUUCAGUGAUUGGAGUACGUUGUUUUGAGGAUUUGUUGAAGAAAGUACGGGUAAAGCUAGAUGGAUGGAAAGUGAUGGAUGUUCCGAAGAUAGUUAUUAGGAAGUUUAAUUCCAUUUUUGCUAGUUUCUUAUGGGGAGGAAUGGAAGAUGUGGCGCCCGCGACCCCCAUGUAA